AUGAACGACAAGAAUAACAACACCAAGACUCCAGAGUACAGCCGUGGGGCACCAACCUCUGCAACCUUCUUCGCUGCUUUCCCUUCCUCCCCCUCAGAUCUCCCUCGUCCCUCGACAAUGCCACCAAGAACAUUACGGGAUACCCCUUUCUACCGCACCGUGGACAACCCCUACAGUUUCCAUUCCUUUGAAGACAGUUCACGAGAACAGACCCCUUACUACCGCACCGCGGACAACCCCUACAGUUUCCAUUCCUUUGAAGACAGUUCACGAGAACAGACCCCUUACUACCGCACCGCGGACAACUCCUACAGUUUCCAUUCCUUUGAAGACAAUUCACGAGAACAGACCCCUUCUUACCGUACCGCAGACAACCCUUACAAUCCUUUCCGUGAGGAAGUGUCACGAGAACAAGCCCCUGUAUACAAUACCUCCUCAACUCGCGGGUCAUUUCUGGAUCUCGCAUUGAGUUCAGGUGUCCGAAUGAACGACUCGACUCUGCCUUCUUCUAUUACACCUUAUACGGAAGCAUCACGAGCCGCGCGACCGACGACACCGGCGGAGUCUAAGAAGCACAAAUCCAUGAUUGUCCACGAGGACGAGGAGCGCGCCGCAGAGCUUCGUGAACUUCGCGAUCUAUACAACCUUGAUCUUAUGUCUCGCGAAGAGCCGGAAAAGAAGCGUUCACCGAAUCUAAUGAGUACGGACGAGUCUGAUAGUGAUUACCUUUAUCCCGAUACUGAAUCGGAACCUGAAUCGGAAUUCUUCGAAGAGCAAGAAAGGAAUUCCUCUCCAAUUCCAGACUGCACGGACGACGAGUCUGAUGACGAUUAUACUGCUCCCGAUUCUGAUUCUGAUUCGGAGUCUGAGUCUGGAACCGAAGCUGAAGCUGAACCCUCCCAAGAGCAAGGAAACGAGAUGUCGCUUAGUAUAGGCCAAGAGCUUCGCUCUGUGUCUCCCCCAGGUUUUGCAUGGUUUCGCCCCCAUAUUCCAAGCUGGAACGACUUGGGUCCACGGGAUGAUGACAUGUUAUACAACGAUCUCUUCGACCUUGUUCCAGCCCCUCCCCUUUCCCCCUACAUGCCCCCGACUGCCCCUUGUACUCCUACACCCCCUCAAGAGCAAGAACAGAUCCGGUCGUCUAGUCCGAUUGACGACGACUCACUCACCACCCUCGGCAAAGCACUUGGCAAAGCAUCUCGUUCCCUCGACGUCGGCUCACUCGACACAAUGAGUCAAGCAUUUGAGAAAGCCCUCGGGAAGCAUCAGCCUGAAGAUCUCGAAGAUCUUUCUUCUGCUAAGCCUAGUCUCUCUCAAGACCUGGAAAAGAAGAUGGUUACUAGGAUUGGCGCUUAUGACUUGAACAUCGAGAAGCUUGGAAAAGAAGUUCGUGAUCACUGCGAUCGUAUUCGCGAACGUUGUGAUCGUCUCGAGAGAGAGAAGCGGGAUCGCGAUAAUGCUGGUCCUCCAACCUUUCAGGAACUGGUAGAUGCUGUGUUUCCCGGUCCAGGCAUUCCUCUUCACGAACGUGAAAAAGUUAAGCUUGAACGUUGUAGUCGUCUUGCAGAAAGGUAUCAGGAACGUUUUGGUAUCUCCGGCAAUGCUACUGCUGGACCCUCCCAGGAGCAGGAAAAGAAGACUUCUUUGAAUUCAAAGCUUGACGAAAUGAUUCGCCAGGAACGGGAGAAGCUUCACGAACUUAAGGCGGACCGGGAAGUCAAUCGUGCUCGUUGUCUUGCUGAUGUUAGUGCCUGGCUAUUUUCUCCAGGUGCUAGGCCGAGGUUGCCUAGUCCAAAGCCCAACAACGCAGUCGGUAUGUCGUUAAAAGAAGCUGGCAGGGAAAUUGAUGCCCUUCUUACUGAGCAUCGGGCAGAGGAGGAAAAGGACGCAUUGCCCGACUACGAAACGGACAUGGAACUGGGAGACGACCUUCUCGAAGGCCAAGAGUCCCUUCCUGCUAGCCCUUCAUCUUCCCAAGGACAGAAGAGGAAGAGAUCUGCCUCCUUCCACGAAAGGUCGUUCUUCGAGAAUCUCGAGAAGAUGAGGAAACAUGUUCGAGAAUCCGUUGAGCACGAGAGAAAGCGUCGGAAGGCGAGGGACCAAAGCUUUCAGGGAUGCAUGAAUAAGCUUUACCCAGCGGAUUCUGAGAUCUGGAAGAUUGGCGAUGAGCCAAUUCAAGUUCGAUCGCCGAAGCCUAAGGAAUCACGAUCAGACGAAGAUCUUGGUAACGGUGAUCGUACUUCAUCCCGAGAGUACCUUUGGGAUGAGAAGGAAUUACGAGGAUCGGAAGAUUCUAUCGAUGGUCUUUCAACCAGAGGACUGCCCGACAUGCCUGCCUUUGUCGGCAUGUCUCCCUUUGCUGGCAUGCCCCCUAUGCCGACCUUGCCUCCCUUCCCCACCAUGCCCGCCCUGCCCAACGAUUCGCUGUCCAACAUCGGGCUUAAGAAGUAUCCCAUCACCCGCCCAGCCUCCCUAACCCUGCCCCAGUCCAUGCAAUUCUACCACGCCGUUUCCCUCACAGCUUCCUGCGACCAUAGGCCCUGGAGACCCGAGACCGAGAUCCUGGAAGCCGUCAGCGACAAGCCAUUCAGCGAGUGGGCCGAUAUCACCGGUGUGCGUGAAUUUAUUCACGACGAGUUAUCCCGUUUUGGAUGCUCCAAGGUCACAGUCGAGGCGUGUCGGGUCACGGGGGAGGAGAAUUUUAGGUUGAUGGUUUUCAUGCCAAAGAGAGUUCACCAAUGGAAUCUUUCUCUCUCUCGUUACAGGAUUUCGAAUAGGCUUUCGUUGUGGGGGAUUACUGAUGUUAAGGUUGAGAUCUGGGAGACGGACUUUCAUCUGCAGGUCAUUUGA